CUUAAGUUUACUCUUAUUUAUAUUUACAUAUAUGUUAUUAUUUCUUAAAUUAAAUAAGAUGCAAUAUUUAUGUCUUUACUGAAUAAACUGUUUUUUCAUCAUCAGGUGCGCAGUAAUUACCCUCUGUACUAACAGAAUGAAAGUUGGCGACAACGUGGAGGUUAUGUGUUCAGAAUACGUAGGAGUGAGUUUGUUGAAUCGAGUUGGAUUGAGUUCAUAAAACUCACGUAUUGUGCUUUAACAUAACAGAAAUUAUCACUUAAAAUUGUUAAAUCAUGGCGCCUCCACAGAAAUCCGCUAAGGUGGCAACCAAGGGGGCCAAACAAAUUGUAGAAGAAAAUGUGUCAACCUUGAAUUUCUACAGAAAUAUGGCAAUUGCAGCUAAUGCAAUUUCAUUAAUUAUUCUUGUCUUUUACAACUCCACAAUCAGCAUUGUUUUAUAUUUCUUCUCAUGUGCAAUUUACAUAGCUUCAUAUCAAUUUAUGGCAUACAUGGCUCGUCCCAAAUAUACUGAAAAUGGUCAGCUUAUUGAUAGUGGGGUGGAUCUUAACAUGGAGGGUGGAAUUGCUGAACAUGUGAAGGACAUAAUUAUCCUCACAGCAGGUUGUCAGGUGCUAGCCUCAGUAAUUUCAAAUUAUUUCUGGUACCUGUGGCUGUUUGCGCCAAUUCGUGCUAUGUGGAUUCUGUGGAAAAACAUUCUUGCACCAUACUUCUUCCAAGAAGCACCUCCUGAGCAAGAGAUUAGUGAAAAGAAGCAAAAGAAAAUGGAACGGCGUAUGCGACGACAGCAAUGAUAAAGACUAUUUAAAUUGUUAUUAUUUCUUUUUUAAUUGUUUUACGGGAUGUGUUAUAUAUUAUUGUAUUUUAAAGGAGAGCUGCAAGUCAAUUAUGUAUUUAUGUGUACAAAAUAUAUAAUAUUGAACAAACA